AUUACGAUCUACAUAGCAUGAGGUGCAGGAACUUUCCUUGACACAGAUUUUUUCCACAGUUUCGAAGAAAAACUAUGUCAAAAAAGAAUUGGAAAUGGAGUGAUGCAAAUUUUUCAAGUUUACCGUCACAUGAAAACAUCUUUGGAAUAACAACAACCCCGCAAACGAACAUAUAUUUACAUUCAAAAGUUUUAGACCCGGAUGGAGCAAAUAAAAUUAUCAUUGCGUCGUUGGCUGGCAAAAUAGUGGUUGUUGAAUACCAGAGAAAUUUUGAUAACUUGAUUCCUUCGACGAAAGAAAUACAUUUCACAUAUUUACCAGGCGAUGCUGAACUUAUCUCACUUGAUGUGAUCAGCAAAUUCAACCAGGGAAGUGGAAUAAUUGUUGGCAUCACAUUUAUAAAGCAGAAACAAGGGAUAGAGGAGAAUGACAGUUCAUGUACGCAAUACCUUAAUAUAUACUCCUCAUGUGAACCAGGAGAAGAAUCACACUUGGAUAGUAUUGCACAGGGAUGUUUGACAAUAGACUUGGAUUUUGUUCCAUAUCAACUAACCCACACACAAAUUAUAUCAGAAGGUAAAAAGGAGGAUGUGUUUCUUCUUGGUGGGAGUGACAACAGGGUUCAUCUGUACAAGGAGGGAUUCCAACACAGAUUCAGAGAAGAAGACUCAGAUGAGUUCUUUCCUGAGUUUCAGGACUUAGACAGCUGUGUCCAGUGGCUAGACAUUGUGUACUACGAGACUGACACCAGAAGACUGACCGCCACUGGUCAUCAGAGUGGACUGGUGAGACUGACUAAUGUGGAUGCUGAUAAAAAAGUGGUUCUGUAUACACUUGUAUUAGAGCAUGACAGUCCUAUAACAAGUGUAAGAAUUUUUAAUCCAGUCAACAACUUCUCACCACCGUCCUUUCUCAAGUCAGACAAUAUUCCUCCCCCAUAUAAAAAUGAAGUGCCAGUAUUUCAUUUAUUGGUUGUCAGUGCAUUAUCACCUGCAGUGGUGCACAGAGAUGUGUUAAACAAACAACUCAAAGACAGACUGAUUUUGCCUGGCAGUAAUUCCUAUGAUAUUCCGUUAUGUGUUUGUGUGAUGGAUGUAGAUUUCGAUGGACAGAACGAAUUGCUUGUUGGCACAUAUGGACAGGAACUCUUAGCCUACAAGUUUGUUGAUUCCAGUGAAGAAUCUAAAACACAUGAUGGUCAAACUAUUAAAACAACAGACUCGGUGGAUGACAGUCGUAAUCGCCAUAAAUCUAAUGAAUGCAAGCAUUCUAUUGACUUUGAUGAAGACUUCAUGAAAACAAAUCUAUCAAGAAAAACGAAAUCUCAGGAAAACAUUUCUACAGAUUCCCAGACUUGUGACAGCACCUGCCUGGUUAAUAUGUACGACAAUGCAGCAUGCAUGCAUGUCCAACAGGCAAAGUACAAUCUGCUGUGGCAGAAGAGUUUUUCAUGCCCUGUCAUAGGGGUGGACAGACUUGAUAUUGUGGGGGAUGGCCUUGAUGACCUCAUUGUGGUCACUCUUAAAGGAAUCCACAUUGUACAGCCUGAUUUGUUUGAUGUUGCCAAAGUGUGCUCAGAGAGACUGAAAUUGUUGGCCCAGUUGGUGCAAGACUCAAAACACAAUGAGAAAGAUGCAUGAACCAUCGCAUCAUUAGAUAAUCCAGUAAAACAGAUCAUUCCUCCCAUUGCAAUGAUUGAACUGAAUGAAAGGAACUUGUCAAGUGAUCACUGUGCAAUGCAUUGUUUCCCCUUAUGUCAGCUCUUCUUGUUUAAAUUCAACAUGUGAUUGAAGACAGUUUCUGUAAUUUAUUGAAUAAUAAAAAUUUAUCACAUAUGAAU